CACAUCAUCAUCUUCCAGGAUUACUGCCGACAUCCCGCCACUACUUCAUCACAUGACCACUCUCGCAGCUACAUAGUAUUGUGUUCUCCUGCGCUGCAAUGAACCCGCAACCCUGACAGACUCGUUUGAGAGUCGCCCACACGACUAUCCCAGUCCUUUGCCACACUCCUUCCCGCAAUUCUCGGCGUGAUGGUCAUUUCGAAAGACCGCGGCAGGAAAGGCCAGCAGUCCUAUCAACUGGAUAGCAUGGUUGAGAGCGCAUCACAGAUGCUUCCCUUUGAGACGAUCGUUGCGAUUCUAUCCUUUGUUGCUCUCGCGCCUCCACCGCUUGUUGAGCAGCCUCGACAGCAGCCACCCAUCCGCAAGGCAAAGGGAGCCAAGACAGGCAGCUCCGGCCCAGCCCCACCUUCGCCACCCUGGAGUAUCCUGCUCCUUUCCAAGCCUUUGAAGGCUGCAUUGGAGCCAGUGGUGUACUCUCGUGUCAGUCUGACCAGCACAGCUGCGUUAGACCGCUUCGCUAGGACCCUCAAGGAACGACCUGAUCUUAAUCGCAAGGUCAAGAGUUUGUGGAUUGCUCCCAAUUCUCUCGAGAGCGACUUCAUCACUACUUUGAAGCCAGCAGAUGGCAUCAACUCGCUACCUUCUCAUCUGAACGAACCUCUGACGCACAUUCGGCAGAUUCUGCGAGCUUGCCGUGCGAUACGCCAUGUAGCUCUGGAUGGCUGCCUCUGUUCAGCCAAAGCUGCUUCGUCUUUCGGCUCCAAUUGCCAGCCGCUCUCGUUGGUGAGCAUCAACCCUUACAGCUUCCUGGGCGGCUUCUCAGCUCCCAUGUUUCGUAAGCUCCGGCGGCUGGAAAUGUGCGACACCAGCAUGGCUAGUGAGGAAGUCGAGCAAAUCAGAAACCUCCAAGAUCUAUGUCACUUCGUCUGGACCUCGCCUCGGGACUACAGCGACUCAAAGCGAGACAUUUCGUCCCUCUUUCGCAUAAUCACUCCUUCUGUCUCACCUUCGCAUCUGCAGCUAUCCGUCGCCGGCGAGGGAGUUGAAAGAGAUGCGCUCGAAGAAGCCUUACCGGUCAAACCGCAUUACCAUCGUCAUUUACGGACCGUGACAAUUGCCACGGAGCGAGGUCAUGGGGCCGAGUUGGGAUCCAAGCUCAAACAUGCUGUGGAUGAGCAAGAGCGACGUCUGAAAGCCUACGAAUCUGGAGCUACUCAAGACCUCACCGAAGUCUUUUCUGCCCUUUCCCUUACCAGCGACCGGAGCGCCCUUUCCGGCAGCAGAUCGACGGCCUUCAAUACCGGUACAAGCACACCCUACAUCGAUUCUUCGGCCCACACGUCAUCCAUCGUACACCCCUCUACGGGGGUCGAGCUGCAGACAAAGCCCCUCCGCGACGAGAGCAUCAUCGACGAGUGGGAAUGUCUGCGCGACCUCAUCUGUGGCAGUGGCUCCAUUGCUGCCAUAGAAGACAUGCGACGCAGGCGUCGGGAGCGCCUACGCAAAGCUGGUCUUCUGGAGCAGGAGAGCGAGUCGCGUGACGGAGAAGUGCAGGAUGCCGGCGAGGGCGGAGAUCAAGAAGGGGAAGAUGAGGAAGAGGAGAUCCAGCCUGGACUCGCUCUGCGCAGAUUGUGGAUCGAUUGGUGCGUCGAUGCUAGCACAGGUGCUCUGGAAGUGCCGAACUUCAGAGCGUGACAAAGUAGGCAGUUCAAGGAAUAUAUCAUAUUUUCAAAUGCGGGAGGACUGUCUCAGCAUCGGCGAGAGGUGUUUCAAGAUAUCGGGAAGCAGCGGGUAGCGAUCGCGACCCACGUCCGUAGCAAAGAGCUACGAUCGAAGCAGCGACUCUUCCUGUCCUCACCUGAUCUACACAGAGCACGCUGGCCAGGUCUAAGCUCAUGCCGCUUUCUGAGCUGCUGCAAGCGCCUGCUUUGAGCUUUCUUUCGCAGGCACAUUCAGCUUGAUAUCCGCGAGCUUUCC